UUUUUUACAGGUAAUACUUCUGCUGAAGAGUUGUUUGCUCUCGAAAACAACUUUGACAGAUACGUUCUUGGUAGAGAAACCGUAUCUUGAAAGAUUUAAUAAGAUAAAACUUGCUCCCUUAGAUUUAAAUACAAAUGGUAGUGGGAAAAUCAAUAUAAAGAUAAUGCAGAGAAAAUCAAAUGGCAAAAUACUCUUUGCCCAAGGAAAAGAAGAUUUUGCAAACUUUUUAUUUAGUUUCCUCACUUUUCCUUUGGGAGCAGUGGUGCAGUUGUUGGAAUGCUGUUCUUCUAUUGGCAGUGUGGAUGCAUUGUAUAAGAGUAUUGUUGAUUUAGACGAAGAUUAUUGGACAACAAAGGAAACAAAGCACAAAGUCGUUCAUCCUGUGAUCGCUCCACAAUUCAAAUUAACCAAUCAGCUACUCCCAAUUUGUGAUGCACCCAUCCCCGAAUAUUUUUGUUUCACCAAAGACGUUUAUGAUGAAAGAGAUUGUCAAAGAAAGCUUAUUUCUUGGUUUCUAACUUCUCAACGUACGAGAACAAAGAGGCGCACGGAAACAUGCAAAGGUAUGAAAUUCGUUGAUCCCAUAUCCGAGUCAGGAAAAGGUGAGGGAUUUGCGAAAGGACCGACAAUGUACAUGGCAACUGAUGAUUUGGUUGUGACACCUAUGUCGUCCGAUAGUUUGUUAUCUUUGCUAAACCGUACGAACAUUCUCGUUAGGGACUUGGAAGAGAAAGAAGUUAGCAUUGGCGUCAAGGAGGGUAUAAGCAUACUACAAGCAUCUUUGUCCUCAACAUCAGCUCUAACAGCCGGUCUCAGCCACUUGUUAACCAAAAUUAAGGAGGAAAACUGAGUAAUCAAUGAUAUUGUUAUGUUCUUUGACGGAUUUUAUUAUGUUUUUGAAAGCAAAAAAGCAGUUUAAUUUGUUCAACAUGGAAUGUUAAGUAUAGAAUUUUAUAUUUUAUUUUACAUCAAAAGUGAAAUAACUGUCUCAUUGUCAUCAGCUUUGGCAAUCAUUGUU